CAAUCACCUUCCUAUAAAAAAUGGAAAGGGAAGGUGUUCCAUGAUCCGGAUAUGUGCUCUUCUGCAUAGACCGACCCUUACAAGCCUGGGCGGGAUCUAUCAGCGGAGGCAUUGCUCCUUGACUCUGAAAAAGAAAGAAAAAAUAAUUUCUAAUUUUUUUUAUUUUUUAUUUUUUAUUUUUAAUUCAAUUAUGGAAUUCUCUUCAAGAGCAUCAGAACUAGCAACUCUAUUAGAAAGUAAAAUGACUCACUUUUCUACCAAUUUGAAGUUGGAUGAGAUUGGUCGCGUGGUUUCGGUUGGAGAUGGGAUUGCACGUGUUUAUGGAUUGAACGAGAUUCAAGCUGGGGAAAUGGUCGAAUUUGCCAGCGGUGUGAAAGGAAUAGCCUUGAAUCUUGAAAAUGAGAAUGUGGGGAUUGUUGUCUUUGGUAGUGAUACGGCUAUUAAAGAAGGAGAUCUUGUCAAACGAACUGGAUCUAUUGUGAAUGUUCCUGCGGGAAAGGCUAUGCUAGGGCGUGUGGUCGACGCCUUGGGAGUACCUAUUGAUGGAAGAGGAGCUCUAAGCGAUCACGAGCGAAGACGUGUCGAAGUGAAAGCCCCUGGGAUUAUUGAACGUAAAUCUGUGCACGAGCCUAUGCAAACAGGGUUAAAAGCGGUAGAUAGCUUGGUUCCUAUAGGCCGUGGUCAACGAGAACUUAUAAUUGGGGACCGACAAACUGGAAAAACAGCUAUUGCUAUCGAUACCAUAUUAAAUCAAAAGCAAAUGAACUCAAGGGCCACCUCUGAGAGUGAGAAAUUGUAUUGUGUCUAUGUAGCGAUUGGACAGAAACGUUCAACUGUGGCACAAUUAGUUCAAAUUCUUUCAGAAGCGAAUGCUUUGGAAUAUUCCAUUCUUGUAGCAGCCACCGCUUCGGAUCCUGCUCCUCUGCAAUUUCUGGCCCCAUAUUCUGGCUGUGCCAUGGGAGAAUAUUUCCGUGAUAAUGGAAUGCACGCAUUAAUAAUCUAUGAUGAUCUUAGUAAACAGGCCGUCGCUUAUCGACAAAUGUCUCUUCUAUUACGAAGACCACCUGGUCGUGAAGCUUAUCCAGGAGAUGUUUUUUAUUUGCAUUCACGUCUCUUAGAAAGAGCAGCUAAACGAUCGGACCAGACAGGUGCAGGGAGCUUGACCGCCUUACCAGUCAUUGAAACACAAGCUGGAGACGUAUCGGCUUAUAUUCCUACAAAUGUAAUUUCCAUUACUGAUGGACAAAUCUGUUUAGAAACAGAACUCUUUUAUCGCGGAAUUAGACCUGCUAUUAACGUCGGCUUAUCUGUCAGUCGCGUCGGGUCUGCUGCUCAGUUAAAAGCUAUGAAAAAAGUAUGCGGAAGUUUAAAACUAGAAUUGGCACAAUAUCGAGAAGUCGCUGCCUUUGCUCAAUUUGGAUCAGACCUUGAUCCUGCAACUCAAGCAUUACUCAAUAGAGGAGCAAGGCUCACAGAAGUACUAAAACAACCACAAUAUACACCACUACCAAUUGAAAAAGAAAUUCUAGUCAUUUAUGCUGCUGUCAAUGGAUUCUGUGAUCGAAUGCCACUAGACAGAAUUAGUCAAUAUGAAAGAAUCAUUACAAAUAGUAUCAAACCAGAAUUACUAGAAGAACUCAAAAGUGGGUUAACUGACGAAAAAAAAAGAGAACUAGAUACCUUUCUACAAGAAAGUGCGUUGACUUUAAUAUAAUAUAAUAUGAUGAUGAUAAAACGCUAUUCUCUUUCUUUUUUUUUUUCUCUCCUGGGUAGUUUCCUAGGCUCUUGCCUUGGACGUUUUCUAGGAUCAGAAGGAACCGCUAUAAUGAGCACUCAAAAGUGGAUGCUGUUUUUCUUUGUUCUUUUAGUCGGUCUCUCUUUAAUUUAUCGAAUUCUGCUUUCAAAAAAAAGAAAGGGAAGUAGAAUUCUUUUUUUCUUCAUUUUGCUUUUUCUGACUAGUUUAUGUUCCCUCUUUCGCUUCUUCAUCUUGGACUGGAUUGUCGCCGGUCUGACAACAGCCGUAUCCACUUUUAUCUGGAAUGUAUCUUCUGAAAGUGGGGAGGAAUCUAGGCAAUUGAGCCUUCCUGCUCUCGAAUCAGAAUCCACUUCUGAGUCCAUUCAUACCUUUAGAGCAGGUGCGGAAAACGAAGCUACCAUCUAUCAUCGUAUUCGCCUUCUCGAGGGCCAACAGUACUUCAACGUACCUCCUCAGCUUCACCCCGGUGAUUACGAACGGCUUGUGCGCGAGCAUUUUGAUCAAGCGGUCAACGUUGACCAUUUUUUUCAAAUAUGGGACAGAGAUCGAAUUGAG